CCGCCUUCCGCCUUUCUCCAUUCCGCCCGCCGUUUCAUCGAUCCAAUCCGUCUUCCAAACUCUCCCAGCAUCACCGGUUGGUGCGUCGCUACUACUGCUGUUCUUCGGGCAUCCAUCACUCGUUUCCGCUUCCUUGCGGCUGCUCUGUCACAUCUGCAACGCGGUCCUUCCACCCUUCAAUUAACGACUCUGUCUUCUGCAAAAUCCCCUCGGGUUCUUCCGGCCUUGAAUGUCUUGUGCUCCCAACUUGCGAUCAACGAAACCUGCUUCGGUAUAAAUGGGUAUCUGCGCUUCUUGUCUCGGACUCAGUCGUCGAGACAGUCAGGAUUCUGAGUCCUCGCGCCUCCUCGAAGACGACAUCUAUCAAUCGGGAUACGGAUAUGGAGCCCUCAACCAUGCGAACCAGGUCGCUCAACCCGACACCGGAUACAUAAAGCGCGAACGGGAAGCCCUAGAAGCGAUUUGUCAAAGGACCUCGGACAAUGUCAUCGAUAUCUGGUCCCUUCAACCUCAACCUCACCUUCAACCUCAAGCAACGCUGCACGGUCCCGUGUCCCCUUCGACAUCGAAAUCAGGUGCAACAGACGAUGUCCCCGUGAGAAUCACAACCUCGCCGCCUUCGGAACGCCCUGAAUCGGCUGAUAAAGACUCCGCGACCAAGCCCGGUGCCGUCCCUAAACAUUGGGGAGAAGUUGUCAUCAAUCCUCGGAAAGGCAAACAGGCGCGCUCGGGAUCGAAUUACGAGACCAAUGCUCGCGACGUCUUCGGUGUUUUGAAGGUGACUUGAUCCUCCUGGACUUGAGUGGACACGACGUGACGGUUCAAUAUCUGGGUCUUUUUCCCGAUCAUUUCUUUCCCUUCGAUUUCUUAAUCCUGCCUCUCUUUAUGCUUUUGCACUCCAUUCCCUCGCUUGAGUCCAUCACAUAGGUCGCCGGUCGACGGUCUAUUCUCUCCUUUUCUACCCUUCUGCUUUUCUUUGCCAUCCUCUCUUUACUUUUCUGGCUUGUUUCUUCGCGUCUUCCACAAUCCCUCCCUUGUCUCUUUCUUCUUUUCCUUUCAUAUCUUUCCUCUUUUCAGCCCACCCCCCUUUUUUAGAGACAUACUUGUCAUAAUACCCUUGUUGCAUGCUUUCUCAUCACCAAAGUUUUCAUCCCUGUCAAAAAUGUGCGCUUUCUUAUGUAUUACAUGUCCUUGGCUCGAAAUAGCUACAUUGCGCCGUAACAUUAAAAAUGACAUCAUACGUUCAGUAUAG